GCACAGCGGCAUUUCUCUCUCGCUCUCUCUCUCUCUCUCUCUCACCUCACUUUCGCUGAACACAGUUCUUCUCUCUCGUUUCAAUCAUUAGGAGAUAUACGGAGUCUUUUCAGGGUGUGAAUAGCUGAGUAGAAGAUGAACUCAUCCAUUGGAGCUUCUUCAAAGCAGAAAGCUGGAGUCCCACAGCCUCCUGAAACUUCGUCUAAACGCAAACGAGGAGUCUUUCAGAAAGAAUUGCAGCAUAUGAUGUAUGGUUUUGGAGAUUGUUCUAACCCUCUUCCAGAAAGCGUGGCACUUAUGGAGGACAUAGUUAUGGAGUAUAUUAUAGAUUUGGUACAUAAAGCACAAGAUAAUGGUUCAAAGCAGGGAAAGCUAUCAGUUGAGGACUUUCUUUACUUAAUGCGAAAGGACUUUCGAAAGCUUAACCGAUGUACAGAAUUGCUAUCGAUGAACGAAGAGCUCAAACAAGCAAGGAAAGCUUUCGAAACAGAUGAAGAGAAGCUAAGGAAGGCUUUCGAGGCUGAUGAAGAUAAUAAGUUGGUGGGACCAACGGAGUAAUGAAAGAGGGCUGUGUUUUUGCAGGUUCACAAUAGCGAUUGAUGAAUGAUGAAGAGUCAUGUUUAUCUGUUUGAUGCUCUGUGCCUCCUAUUUGUUAAGGAUCUGAAGAACAAGUGACAUUUUGUUGUGGAGGUAGAAAAGGCAAACAAAGCAUGGUUAAGAGUCUACAUUUGAAUAUGUGAGGAACUGUAAUUUAAUUGGUAGUCUUGUCUUGUGUGGGCUUGGUUGGUAAUAUUGUUAAGUUAUUGUGUUAUGUUAUGUUAAUGGGCAUGGAUGAUGUCCCUUCUUUAGUUCUCUAUGGUCAUCCCACCUAUUCCCUCUCAAUCUUAAUUUUUUCAUCUAAUAGUUAUAUGAUUGCCUAAAAAGAAAUAUAUACAAAGUGAUGUGAUAUAUUGGUUUACAAUACAUAAAAAAAUUGUUUAAAUAAA